CCCGUCUGUCAAUGCCAAAACAGAAAAGUGAUUAUCGGUCGUUAGUGAAAGCUCUUCCGCGCUAACAUGGCAGUGUGAAGGCGUGCGGCUAUCCCUGCAGCGGCAACACCCGGCAGUGCAACGGCUAAGUGCACUGGCUAUUUCUGGCAAAAUGGCGUCUCUCUCGACAACCACCCUCAGCUUUGCUGCCGUCGACAGCAGUACCGAACCGCUCGACUUCCUAACGUCGCCAGACUCUCCUUUGUUUUUAUUCACCCUUUCACGGCCAUCACUGACCAGUAGCAGUCAUGACACUCUCCCAGCUGGCCUUGGAGGACGUGGAGGCCCUGUACUUAGGGCCCUCGUUUCUGAUGGCUGACCCCAUGGGGCCCCUUCUGGACCAAGAUGAAGAAGAAGCUCUUUCUCCCUCCUCUUCUCUAGAGGGGAAGGCGCCAGCUUCGCCCCCCCUCUCUUUCUCCUCCUAUGCAUCUUCCCUGUCCCCCUACCAGACCUUGUCAUCUUCCCCGCUCUCUUCUGCCUCCCCACCUCCCUCUCCUCCCACUUCCUCGUUCCUGGGAACCAAGGCCGGAGUGGACUCACUGUCACUCCCCUGGCUGGGUGCCAGCGACCUGCUCGACACCCAAGUUGGAGCAGACGAUGGUGAAGCAGAGGACGCCUUUGCAGGGAUGGACUGGAUGUCAGAAAAAAUCGACCUGACUGAAUUUGACCUGGAUUCCCUCAUUGGCUCCUGCUCUUCCGAUGAGUCUCCCAGCUCCCCUGAGGAUCUCCUGGCCUCCCUUGACUCCCACAUGGAUCUGAAUUUAGAUUCAUUCAACACAGCCAUCCCCACUCCGCAUGAUAGCCUGGAGCUGAGUCUGUCACUGCCCAGUAUCCCCUCUCUCCCUCUGGAACUCCCUCUCCCCGGGGUAGCCGAGGCCAAGAAGACAGAGGUGGCUCCUGCUGAGGAGGUUAUGAAGUCUGAGCCUCCCUCCCCAGUUCCUUCUCCUUCUCCCCCCUCCCCAACGUAUACAUUGGAGCUGGGGAGUGAAGUGGAUGUCCUUGAUGCAGAGAAAAUGGCCACAUCCCUCACAGCCGCCAUCAUUCCAGAUCCCAGUGGAAGCAUUCAGACCACCAGUCCCAUUGUGCUCUCUCUUCCCACCUCUGGCCACAUUGUGGUGGUGCUCGCCAACAAAGAUGAGCCCUCCCUUCUCUCUCUCCCUGACCGGUCCAUUGAAAUCUCUCCUCCAGCAAGCGACUGCGACAGUGACUCUGGCAUUGAGUCCGUUGUCAGCUCACCCACUCACCCCCCUUCCCCACCUCCCACCCCCUCUUCCACAGCUGGAUCCUCCAGGACCAAACCCUACUCCAAACCAGAGCCCACCACUUCUUCCUCCCCUGCUGCCACUACCUCCAGGGUCAAAUCGGUGUCUGGUGCUCCCAGGGUGGUGGAGAAGAAACUGAAGAAGAUGGAGCAGAACAAGACAGCAGCUACUCGCUAUAGACAGAAGAAGAGGGUCGAGCAGGAGCUGCUUGGUACAGAGCUCCAAGGGCUAGAGAAGAGGAACCAUGAGUUGACGGAGAAGGCGGAGUCCAUCAGCAGAGAAAUCCAGUAUCUAAAAGACCUGAUGGAGGAAGUGCGGAAGCACCGCCGUGGAAAGACCAGCUCAGUGGCUUAGCAACCAGAUUGCGUGUUAAGCGCAGUCUCCUGUUGCAGAGUAGUGAUGGUGAUAUUUAUGCUCCAAUAGUUGCAUGCCAAAACAGUCAACUUCAGCAUUAGAAGAAUGCUGUAUGUUUUCAGCGAUUGAAGAACGGCAUGCAAGGUUGGAUGUAUGAAACCCACCAUCGAGAACAGAAUAGAGGGAAUGGCUGGAUGAAAAGCGAAAUGCCUCUGGAAGUUGAUGAGAUUAGUAGUGUAGAGCCAGGGGGCUGGGAGGUAGUCAGGUGAAGCAUCUGUACAUGCUUGUCUCUCAGUCCCCUGUUAGAGCCCGGUAAUGUUUCCCUGUCUUACUUGCAGUACUUGUACAAACAGGCAGGUGUAUAUUUGUUUUUGUAGACUAGGCAUGCUGAACACAAGUCACCAUAGCUCCUGGUAGUGUAGACUUGUAACCCCGUGACAGGAUAUUCCCUCACACUCCCAGCAUUAGUCCAUAUCCAGACCCCAGCUCAGCUUCAUCAGACUCCUGUGUCAGUAAGGUGAGAUACCACUUCUACAUUGUUACCCACUCAUCUUUAACCCAGUAUCACCCCACAUUGACCUUCUUCUUAACAGCUUCAAGUCCAGAAAGGGGCCUCGACCUAUUUAUGAAUUCUUGAUGUUACACUGUCAACUUUUAUCGUGUGUGUAUAUAGUUUUCACCCCCUUUGCUUGCCGAUUGUGGCUCUUGUUAUUUAAUACUGGAUAAAACCUGAAAAUUUCUUGAGUAGCUCAGAGUCUGUCCGCGCAACUGUUUGGCUUGUAAAAAAGCUUUUCUUUUUUCUUUUUCUAAUAAAUAUCUAUCAGUGCUCAA